UUUCAUCGUCUCUCGUGUCUUCGACUUCCGAAUACUAUCAUUCGGUGGAGGGACGGGAGGCGCGAAGCAGGUAGGAUGAGUAAUGCAACCAGCGGAGGAGAAGCACCGGCUAUUUCAGCCAACAUGACAAUCUAUAUCAAUAAUCUGAACGAGAAGAUAAAACCGGAAGAGCUCAAGAAGUCCCUAAAUGCGGUUUUUUCUCAAUUUGGAAAAAUAUUGGAAGUGCUUGCCUUUAAAACUCUGAAACACAAAGGUCAAGCAUGGGUUGUCUUUGAAGAUGUUGCAUCAGCUAUGGAGGCACUUAAGCGAAUGCAAGGAUUUCCUUUCUAUGACAAACCUAUGAGGAUUCAAUAUGCUAAAACAAAAUCAGAUAUUAUAGCAAAAGCUGAUGGCACUUUUGUACCUCGAGAGAGGAGGAGGAGACAUGAUGAUAAAGCUGAAAAAAAACGUAGGGAGCGAAAUCGUGAUGCUAAUCAAGCUGGGUUGAACUCUGCUUAUGUUGGAGCUUAUGGUACUUUGCCGUCGAUAUCUCAGUUGUCUUAUCCUGGAGGGGCCAAGCUUCCGGAGGCUCCUGCUCCACCAAACAACAUCUUGUUCGUUGAGAAUCUUCCGCAUGAAUGCACGCCAAUGAUGCUGCAAAUGCUUUUCUGUCAGUACCCAGGAUUCAAAGAGGUUCGAAUGGUUGAAGCAAAGCCUGGGAUUGCUUUUGUAGAGUAUGGAGAUGAGAUGCAGUCUACGGUUUCCAUGCAAGCUCUCCAGGGUUUUAAGAUGACAGCUCAGAAUCCGAUGGUCAUCUCUUAUGCAAAGAAGUAGAGAUCUGUGUAGCUUUGCAGUAUGUAUUCAGGGUGACAGUGCAUACUGUUUCAUCUUUUUUUAUAUGACAACUUCUCUACUUGUAUUUUUUGAUUUAGUUUUUAUUUUCAGUUUAGUGCUCCUGUAGCAUCGCCUUUCCCUUUCAAAUUUAAAUCUGGUUGUUGGUCAGUCAAUUGCACUCCAAUCAAUGUGAAUU